AUGGUACAACCUCAUCCUUACUCUUCGGUGAGAAUAUCCACCAAGAGUGGUCCUCUAGCUCAAAUAUGGCUUGCUGCAAACAUGUCGAACUUGCCCAAGAUCUCUGUACUGCAGACUAGUAUUUCUGAAUCGGCUGAUGAAAUUGCCAAAGCUUCAGGUUGUGAUGACUCCAGUUUAGAACGUAUAACUUUACACACAUCUGGUGACCUUUUGCAAGGUAUUGUACGUGUUUACUCCAAGCAGGCUACUUUCCUGCUCGCAGAUAUCAAGGACACUUUGAUGAAGAUAACCACUUUGUUCAAAGCCAAUCAAAGGAUCAACGUUACUGUCGGUAAAGCUAACACUAUCACUUCGAUAGAGCAAUUGGUUUUGCAGGAUUCUGUCACAGAGAGGGAAGUGCUGACUUUACCCAGUCUGGAUUUCUUACAGGAUACAGAAAGUUCUCCCGGUUUGAUGAACGCUGGUGAUAACUCGAUGCGUAGAAAAGUUCAAGGUGCAGCUCCUUGGGAUACUUCGUUGGAAGUAGGUAGGAGGUUCAAUCCAGACGAUAGUUUGGAAGCUAACAGAUCCUCUGUGCUUGAUCUCGAUUUUGAUUUUGAGAAUGAACACGCUUCGUCUCCAUCAAAGACGUGGGAAGAAGGUACGAGGCAAACCACACUAGAUGAAGGCUCAGGGAUUCGUGGUGAGCAGGAACCUUUGAUCGAAGAUGACGAUUUCCCAUUCGAUGAUCCCACGAAUGGCAAUUGGGACUUGGGGAUCACGGAGAAUGAUGACCCAGAGAACCGUAGCGAGUCUCGCUCCAACAUGUCUGUGGAGCUUGGUAGAAGAGCAGACGAUGCCUCCAUGAUCGACGAAGUGGUAGAUCUUGGAAUUGAUCUCGGUAUCGAGAAGGAACCUAUUGAAGAAUUUUCUGUCACUGAAGAGGACGUGACAGCACCACCUGCAAAACGUCCAAAGAAGAAUUCCGAGCUAGCCAACACCAGGAAAAUUGACAUAGAUGAAGAGACCGAGCUAGACGAUGUGCAGAACAUGGAAGUCACUCUAACCGCACCAAAGCAAGAUCAAACAUCAAAAGAUGAUCUCUCAUUAAACAGAAAGAGAGUUCUGGAUGAAUUAAACCUAAGCCUGAGUUACCUACCUUCAUCAGUGCUCGAAAAUAUUCUUUCUUACCAGCAGAUCAAGAAGCAGAAACCCAACUUCGACGAGGAGGAAGUCGAUUACAGUGAACCACAGAUGGAUAUUACUUUGGGACUCGAUGACGAGUUGGUGAGUAGAGAUAGGAGUAUCGAGAGUGAAUCAGAAGAAAGUGAUCAUUUCAUGCCCAUAGAUGCUGAUAUUGGACUGCCGAUGCCCACUCAGGAAGACGUCGAACCACAUAUUGAAGCCGAAAGUGCUUCAAGUCAGCCAGAAGAAAUAGCCACCCAACAAACGCAAAAGGUACGACUCGCUACAGGUGAAACCGCCUCUAAGGCUACGGUAUACAUGGCUGAACUUCUAAGGACAAAAUUCGUCGAUAACGAAAACUCAACCUUUGAAGAUAUUCUGAAGAUCAAACACACUGCAGAAGUAUCUCAAUCGGACAAAGAAAUAACCAGAGGGGAAGCAAGUAAGGCGUUCUUCGAUUUACUCUCUCUAGCAAAUGAAGACUGUAUCGACCUGGAUCAACAAAUUGCUUUUGAAAGCAUAAAUAUACAAACCAAGCCUAGUCUUUUCGAGAAAUUUAUCACGGCUUAA